AUGGAGAACAUUCACGCUCAACGUCGCUCCGCCAGCCAUGGCUCGCUUCGCAGCAGCUACAAGUCCCAUGCUCGACCACCCAUUGGAUAUGGUCUGCCGCGUCGACCGUUGAGAAGCGUGAACGAGAAUGCUAGUUUACUUCCGUCGCCCGGUCCUCUUGAGAGCAUGCUCAAGACCACAACGGAAACAGGCGACAUAGGCAUCUUCAGCAUCAAGCCAAUAGCUCCAGCGGCUACAACACACCAAUGCGCAAGAUCACGGACCGGACUCGAUGUUAACACAAUCUUCAGAUCUGAGUCUCGUGCCAGCCAUCGUACCAUCUCUGGAGCCGGCCGCCGAUGGAACAGCUCGGACAGAGACACCAAUUCAGAAAUCAUCUCCAUGUAUGGCUCAGAAGGCCCUCCGUCCUCCUUCUCCAGCUCAUUCUCCCCCAAAAUCGAUGGGCCGUACCAGCGUUCGUACUCCCUGACCACAUGUGGUUCUCGGAAAUUGUCCAGUAACAAGUCAUCUGGUACUCUCCAAAGCCAUUCGAGCAGCGGCAUCUUGCAACGACCACGCUCCCCGUUUCCCUACCCAACUCGACUGAAACGCCCUGGCGUUCGGCCAUCUUCGCCGGCUCUUACGGAGAAUGGACUUGUUGACUACAGUAGGAUGGUCGAAAUAGAUCGAAUCUCAUAUCCAACCUUUCCACAACCGCAACGAUUUGGCCCUCCCAAUGCGUUUCGCGGCGGCAUCAACCAAUCCAUGCCGUCUCUACCGCAUUCCAGCUCUUUCGUGUCGCCCACUGGAUCCGCUCUUGGGUAUCGUGGGUACCAUAACCCGUGGGGUAACGAGCUUGCGAGCAGACCACGACGACCAUCCACGGAUCAUAGUGCGAGAUCCUCAAGCCUGACUUCGGUCAUUGAGAUGUACUACAGAUCACCCUCAAACUCGGAACCCAAUCUGUCACGCACAAUUCGCCCCGCAGGAUCUUUCUACUACGACUACACCGAAGCUUUUGAAACCCCGGAACGCCAAACAGAUCCUCGGGAUUCUACCUUGGCGCUGCCUUUAGCUCCGAUUCCUCAGCGAGCAUCGAGCCUUAUCAGAGCCUUAGUGCUUCGAGACGAAACGAAGGCUCGUCUGGAUGCUGUCAUCGACAUAUCUGUGAAGGACUCUAGCGAUUCGUCCGGUGAUGACUGUCGAGCCUUGGACAAGAAACCUGCCAAUGACAUCGAAACGUUACCUUCACAGCGCUUGAGCUCUAGAACCGCCCCUCCGACGCUGGAACAAUUUCCGUUCGAAGUUGAUGGGACAUCGGCUUCUCGUCCUGUCGACGUUGAUAACGAUUUGAACAUGUUUGUACCUUGUUCACAGACCGUCGAUACUGCGGCUUUCCAGCGAUCUCAAACGACUCCAAAGCCUCAAAACAUCGGACGUAACGAAAUCGACGAUGAAGAAAAUGCGGAAGGCUAUGCUAAUCCGUCUCGAGGCCAUGAGCAAGGGAAUGAAGGCCACACAACGAAAGCGGACGCUGAUGCUUCCCAUCCCGCUGUGGAACAUGCAACGGAGGCACUGUCUGAAUCCCAUUUCAAGAGUGCGGACGAAACCAUCCCAGGCCCCAACGAACCCAGUACGUUGCAACUAGAGCUGUUGAAUCGGGAUUGGCUAUCCAGAAGAGCCCCGUCUCACAGUGGCCUCGCGGCGCUUCUCCGCUCGAGUUUACGCCAUUCGGUUGAACCUGGCCUAUCCGACCUUGCGGCAUUGGUCUCGUCAUUCGAGCGUAUUGCCAAGUCACCGUUCAUGAGCAAGGAUGAAGACUCGACUGGACUUCACGAGGUCGAUGUAGAUGAGCCGAAAGAUCUCAAAGCUGAAAUGGAGCAUCAUCACCCCCUGGAGGGGGAAAAUAUGGUGAAUGAGUCUGCCGCAAAUGGCGCAACCCAUCCUGACCUUCAGUGGAGGCCUUUCUUCAGAGGCCAUCGCAGGAACCGAGCGCUUGCUCGAAUCAGCACAGCAAGUCUCCGAAGUCAUACAGCGCCACCAGCCUCCAAAGCGGACAAUCUUCUCCUCUCCUCGACGCCAAGUCCUACGAACCGUUUCUUGAGUACAAGCAGCAGUGUCCCGCACUUGAUGAAGGCAUUGCCCUCCCUCCCCAAGGAAGCGCAAGCUCAACUGAGGCGAGUGUCAGGGGCAUCUGGGGACGAUUUGCGAUUUCCAGUCAAGUUUUCACCCUUUCAGCUCGAAAUCCUUGCAACUCCACGGUCGAGUCCUAGAAUUACUGCACAUUCCGAUGUGGAAGACCAUGAGUCUUUCCGAGCUAGCAUUGAGCUCGAAGUCAUCCAACCCAAAAGAGAGCACAAACCGGCGGAUCAUGAUGCACCGAGUCCGAAAAUGAAGGUGACUGUGGUUCCAAGCCCAUCGAAGCGAAAACUUCGACUCAAAGCGUCUCGACUGGCCUUGGAUGUGGAAACAAUCCCGGAAGACCAGACCGGCACAGUCAGACGUCGCUCCAGUGUCAAACAGAGCAUACUUGCCGACUUACCGGCUCACCAAGCCAAGGACUUUUUCACCCCAGUGCUCCAUGAGGAACGUCAAGGCAGCAUGGCUUACCGGCGAAAAGGAAGACGAUAUGUACAGCUCACACCAAGUGAUGGGGAAAAUCUACCGGCCCGUGUCUCUCCAACAGCAAGGUACUCCAGAGAUGGGCACCUGCAUGAACGUGACAUCCCUCUGGCGCACCCAGUUGACACGAACCUCUAUAGGUUGAGUGCGUCCACUGAUGGAUUUGACCUCAGCGAUUCUCGAAGCUUCAGCUCUGAUUUGACUUUUUUCCGGCCGAGGAUCCUCAAGAAAAAGCUGUCGAAUCUCAGACUUCGCAUCACCAAAUCAUGUUUUAACCUUCGAGAGCGUGCAAACAAGCACAUUGGCAGGCGACCCCAACCAACCGGUCUGGCCGGCUCGAAGAACUCUGACGCGACAGUUGUACAUAGUGAAUGGGCCACGGCCACCCCGGGUCAUUCGAAGCAAGUACGAAGGAAGAUGAAGAGAUGGGUCCGGCAAGCUGUCUCCAUCUGUGUCAAGGGCCGGCGAAACGAAAGCGAAUUCAGUUCUUAA